AUGCCCCUGCCGGAGCCCAGUGAGCAGGAGGGCAAGAGCCAGGAACCUGCCCGCAAGCCCAUCACAAACCUCAUCCCCGCAGCCCCCCGGAUACCCAAGAAGUUCCCCAGACUCGUCCUGCUCUCAGCCUCUGGCCACAGUCGCCGCACUGGCCUCCGGCCCAUAAGUGGUCAUUGUAUGAUGUCCCUGGAGAUGUCCGGCCCCGACACUCUGACCAAGGCCCUCCAGAUCCUGCCAGCCAAGGAAGAGGACAACAUCCAACCCAGCACCUGGGCACCCGACCCCAAACGCAUCCGACUGGAAACAGCCCUCAAGCCCCUGGAAUUCCUGAAGACCCCGUUCGGGGAUAGCCUGCUGGUCCAUGACUCCUUCCUGUACAAGCAGGAGAAGACCGUGGGCGACAAGGUGUACUGGAAGUGCCGCGAGAACGCCGAGCAUGGCUGCCGGGGCCGCGCCAUCACCCGGGGCUCGAGGGUCACCGUCAUGCGGGGCCACUGCCACCCCCCUGACCGGGAGGGCCUGCAGGCCAGGCGCCGGAGAGAGAAGCUGCCCAUCCCGGCUGUGCCAGAGAGCGCAGGGGGCCCCGGAGAGCCUGCAGAGGAGCUGCUGGAGGGGCUAGGCUCCUGGUUGCACCCAGAAGAGCCGGCCCCCUCGCAGGACAGGCCCACCCAGGAGGAGGACAAGGGACUUCAGGCCUUGUCUCUACUGAGCUUGCCCCCCAAGAAGCGGCCGAAGAUUCCCUUAGGUGAGGUGCAGCCCCUGGAAUUCCUGAGGACGUGCUACGGGGGCAGUUUCCUGGUAUAUGAGUCAUUUCUAUACAAGCGGGAGAAGGCCGUGGGGGACAAGGUGUACUGGACAUGCCGUGAGCAUGCAAUGCAGGCCUGCCGCAGCCGUGGCAUCACCCAGGGCCCACACGUGACUAUCAUGCGGGGCCACAGCCACCUGCCUGAUGUGGAGGGCCUAGAGGCGCGCCGGCAGCAGGAGAAGGCCAUGGAGUCACUGCACGUGGGCGGCCCUGCGGACAAGCUGCUGCAAGGCAUGGACAGUCUCUUCUACCGCAGGGGGUCCAGCUCCCUGACACUCAGCAGACCCAGGCCCAGGAAUCACACCAGACCCAAAGAACAGGGGCUCAAGGGUCAGCCCCCAGGCCCACAGGGAUCCCCAGCCAAGGACCAGGACUCAGAAGGAGGUGGCCCUGAGUUCCUCAAAACCCCCCUGGGGGGCAACUUCCUGGUACAUGACUCAUUCCUGUACCGUCGGGAGAAGGCAUCUGGAGACAAGGUGUACUGGACCUGCCGAGACCAGGCCCGCAUGGGCUGCCGCAGCCGGGCCAUCACCCAGGGCCCACGAGUGACCGUCAUGCGGGGACACAGCCAUUCGCCUGACCUGAGUGGCCUGGAACUCUUGCGGCAGCGGGAAACUCGCCCCAGCUCAGCCCAGCGCGGAGCAACAGGUGGCCCAGAGUUCCUGAGGACCCCGCUGGGGGGCAGCUUCCUGGUGCACAACCUGUUCCUGUACCGGCGGGAGAAGGCAUCUGGGGACAAGGUGUACUGGACCUGCCGGGACCAGGCCCGCAUGGGCUGCCGAAGCCGGGCCAUCACCCAAGGCCCACGAGUGACUGUCAUGCGGGGACACAGCCACCCUCCUGACCUCAGCAGCCUGGAGGCCCUGCGGCAGCGGGAGCAGCUCCCCAGCCUGGCCCAGCGGGAAGGCCGAGGAGCUCUCCGGCCCUUGGAGUUCCUGAGGACCUCUCUCGGGGGCCGCUUCCUGGUGCACGAGUCCUUUCUCUACAGGAAGGAGAAGGCAGCUGGGGACAAGGUGUACUGGAUGUGCCGCGACCAGGCCCGGCUGGGCUGCCGCAGCCGGGCCAUUACUCAGGGUCCACGGGUGACCGUGAUGCGGGGACACUGUCACCCGCCGGACCUGGGGGGCCUAGAGGCCCUGCGGCAGCGGGAACAGCUCCCCAGCCUGGCCCAGCAGGAAGUCCCAGAAAAGACCAGACUUCUACCAAAAGUGCAACUAUGCUUCAAGACCUGUUCUCCAGAGAGCCAGCAGCUUUAUGGGUAA